AUGGGUAAACCGCGGUUGAUCAUUCUCAUCCGCCAUGCCCAGUCCGAAGGCAACAAGAACAAGGAGAUUCACCAAAUCGUCCCGGACCACCGCGUGAAGCUCACCGAUGAGGGCCAUCAGCAGGCAGAGGAGGCCGGCCGUCGCCUUCGUUCUCUCCUCCGACCCGACGACACGCUGCAAAUCUACACCUCCCCGUAUCGACGAACACGAGAGACGACCGAGGGGAUUCUGAGGACGUUGACCGCCCGCGAUGAUCCCGACGACCCCUCGGCGGCUCCCUCGCCCUUCAGCCGGGAGAAGAUCAAGGUGUACGAAGAGCCUCGCAUCCGGGAGCAAGACUUUGGCAACUUUCAGCCAUGUUCGGCGGAGAUGGAACGCAUGUGGCAGGAAAGGGCAGACUAUGGCCAUUUCUUCUAUCGAAUAGCCAACGGGGAGAGCGCGGCCGAUGCGUACGAUCGAAUAUCCGGCUUCAAUGAGUCGCUUUGGCGCCAGUUCGGAGAGGCGGAUUUUCCAAGCGUCUGUGUGCUGGUCACUCAUGGCUUGAUGACCCGAGUUUUCUUAAUGAAAUGGUACCACUGGUCGGUGGAAUACUUCGAGGACUUGCGUAACAUCAACCACUGYGAAUUUAUCCAGAUGAAGAAAGAUCCCGAGAGUGCAAAGUACAUCCUUCAGAAUGACCUCAGAACAUGGUCAGAACUUAGACGACAGAAGCGAAUACAGGAAGCCAAGGAGAAUCCCCGCAGAAAGAACACCCUCUCGAGCUUUCUGUCGGGCUCGCAGGGUAGCCCUGCAAUUCCUCCACGCAAGUGGGGAGGUUGUGCAGAAGGCUGCGAUCAUGAUCAUGAUAGUUAUCCGCGGCGACACAGGCAGAACAAUUCGCAAUCCCAGCCGGAGUUGAAGUUGCCAUCGCCGGCACAGAGUCAACCCACGAGUGACGAGAAAGCAUCUCAUCCCGACACAGAUAGCGGUGUAGCGACAGAGCCGAAUGAGGUAUCCUUAGUAGAGCGGUCUUCCACACAGUUGCUCAUGAGACCACCAGUAGCACGUUAUCUUCGCACCGGUAGAGAUGGCGGCGGGACGGCCUCGGGUGCCAAUACGCCACACGAACUCAGCGACGAAGAAAACACCGAGUACUUUGAUUCGGCGAGUGCUCACGGUCCUAGAUCUGCAAUUGGAAAGGCGCCGUCACGAACAGCUACCUCGGACGAUAUCCAGCGCUGGGCUCAUGAGAGUGGGAUGGGAAAUGGGACCAAGGCCGAUGCUCUGGGUGACGAGCCCAACGAAUAUGAGGCUGAGACCGAAAGUUCAACAGGCGAGGAAGACCUUGCAAAAGCCGAGGAAGAUGAUAAAGGAUUGCGAGGCAGCGUGUAUUGA